AUGGCGCCUAUUCCUGAUGACACUGCCAACCCCAACGACCACUAUGACGCCGCCCCGCCUCUUGACGGCGGCGCAAGCCCGGCCGAGCUGGGUGGUAGUUCUAAGCAUUUUGCCCCCUCUGGUCUGGAGAUCGGUGUCAUUACUGGCGUUGUUCUCCUUGUCGUCCUCACCGUAGUCGGUAUUUUCGUCUGGCGAUCCCGCAAGAACCGCGAUGUUAAGAACAUUGACUCCGGUUCUUCUGCCAUUGCCACUACCAUCCCUGAAGGCGCCUCCCCCCUUACCGACAGCCACCGUGAGCACUUCGAGCCUAUGCCUCCUCCUAAGGACGACGCCGCCGGUGCUACUAUCAAGAACGACGACCUGUCUUCCAUCGAGCAUCCCGCUCCUGUCGUCCCUCAGGCGAAGUGGAACUCCUGGAACACUACGCGCCGCAACGGUAGCCGCGAGAAUGUCGAGGAACACGAGAUAGCAGAUCGUGUCUAAGCAUUUGUUCACCCUGGAUACCCAAUUGCAUUAUCGCAUUUUACAUCCACUAGCAACUUUCGGCGGACAUUUGUGAUUUCACAUUGCUAUUUUCGAUUUGCUACAACGGCACAUCAUACGACUGAUCCGAUUUAAUGAGCACGGCCAUGUUGGAAGAGGAGG